AUGCCGAAAACCAAAUCCGACGAAAGGGUGGAGGAUGCCAUUAUUCGUCGCAAGGCUAUUUUGACAAACCUGUCGGAUGUUGAGAGGUUUACAAAGGAAUUCAACGUUGAUCGAGACACAGGGCGCCUUCAAGUUCGACAAGAUUUAGUUGAUCGGAUCUACGACCAGUUUCAAAAGGCGCAAACCGUCAUCGAGAAGUGGGAUGGGCCAGACCGGCUUGAAAUGCGUUUGGCUGAGAGAUCGACCAUCGAGGAAAGGUUUUGUGAGGUGAAAGCAUUCCUGUUGAACAAUAUCCCGGAAAGGUUGAGCAGUUCUACAUCAGCAGAGCCGACCGCACCAACCAGCACAGCUAUGUUUCACCUACGCCUGCCCAAAAUAGAUUUGCCGAGGUUCGAUGGUGAUUUUUCGCGAUGGUUGUCGUUCCGAGACACGUUCAAGUCCAUGGUGCACUCGAACCCAGAUGUUCCAGCGGUUGCAAAGCUGCAGUACCUGCUUCAGAGUUUGGAAGGCGAAGCCAAGAAACCUUUCGAGUCCGUGAACGUUGAGGCUGACAACUAUCUUAUAACUUGGGACGCGUUGAUGAAGCGGUAUGAUAACCAGCGGUACCUGAAACGACAGCUCUUCAGGGCAAUGUACGACAUCCAGCCUUUAAGGAAAGAGUCUUCAAAGGAUCUUCAUACGUUGACUGAUGAUUUUGACCGCCAUGUGAAGGCCAUGGCUAAACUGGGUGAGCCGGUAGGUUACUGGGAUACUCCGCUAGUGAACCUACUGUGCUACAAGCUGGAUCCUACGACACUUCGAGCCUGGGAGGAAAAAACAAGCGACCUGAGAGACCACUUACCAAGAGUUGAUCGAUUUCCUGUAUUCUCGAGCGAUGAUGCUGAAGACGAUCGUCUCAGAAGAACAGCGCAACCUGCAAACUAUUCCAGCGAGGAUGACGGGAUCCCAACCGAAGAAGGCGUUCCGAUUAGUGGCCAAUCCUGUUGCGUCUGA